AUGGAUCAGUUUCGUGGUUUAUUUGUUAAACUGGACCAAAACAAGGAUGGAUUCAUAUCGGUGGCGGAGCUCCACAACGAAAUGAGGAAGCAUGGGAUCCUCUCAGCGGAUGGCAAGGUCCAGAAUAUCAUUGAUUCUUAUGACAAAGACAAAGAUGGCCUGCUGGAUUAUGAAGAGUUCCUCAGAUACAUGAUGGACAGAGAGAGGAAAUGGAAAAUUUACUUUCAUGACCUUGACAAGAACAAAUGUGGGGUGAUUGACCAGGACGACAUCAUAUGUUUGUUUAAGGAGUUAGGAGUGGUCAUAUCAAAGGCGAAUGCAAAACAAAUAAUUCAAAUGAUGGAUGAAGACAGUUCAAUGACGGUGGACUGGGGUGAAUUCCUGCACCAUGUCGUCCUCAACCCUGUGGACAACAUCGGGGAGCUGGUGUCCUCAUGGAAACACAGUCUGGUUUUUGACGUGGGUGAGAGCCGCACAAUGCCCAUCGAGUUCCCAGAGGAGGCGUCCGGUUUCGGUGCGUGGAGGACGUUUGUUGUCGCAGCAGGACUGGCAGAUGCUGUAUCCCGAAGUGUGACGGCGCCCAUCGACCGCCUGAAGACCCAACUUCAGGUUCAUGGAUCCAAGGCCUUCUCCCAAGGCUUUCAGGAGAUUAGGGCAGGUGGUCUGCGGUCGAUGUGGCAAGGAAACGCCGUCAAUGUGUUGAAAGGAACUCCACAGUCAACGCUACAGUGUCUUAUCUACGCCCAGAUGAAGGUGUACACCCAAAACAGAACACAGGAGACUCUGACGGUGCAGCAGCGUUUUGGCUUGGGAUGUGUGUCCGGUGCUGUUGCUCAUGCUGCCUUCUACCCUUUAGAGGUGCUGAAGGUGAGAUUGAAUCUGCAGCAAGCUGGCACCUACAAUGGUGUUGUGGCUUGUGCCCGAUCUAUUUACAGACAUGAGUCGAUGUCCUCCUUUUACAGAGGAUUUAAGCCGAGCAUCCUCUGCAUGAUGCCUUAUGCAGGUGUGGAGUGUGCAGUGCAUCAGUCAAUCAUGAACUGGGCAAGGAGUGAUCCAGCCUACAGCAGUGAGUCCAAACUGUUUUUCUUCAGUUUUGUGGCCUUUGCUUCUGGACAAAUGACCAGUUACCCACUGGCAGUGAUCAGGACUCAGCAGCAAGCACGAGCUUUCAGCUCAGACUCACAUACGGCUUCAGGUGUAUUACAAGGACUUAUAGGGAUAUAUGAAAGAUGUGGAAUUAGAGGAUAUUAUAACGGAAUGGGAGCCAGCUUCGUCAGGGCUAUUCCAUGUGCUCUGAUAAACUACACUUUAACUAGAAAAUUUGAAAAUGUGUUUUCCUCAAUUGAGUCUUGGGAUGUGUGA